CAACGGAGUCAGUUGAGGGGUUCAGCCGCAGACUUCACAUGAGGGCGAAAAAGUUUUCUGAAGCCGAAGAAGAGGAACACAGACGAGGCUCUGCACAAAAACAAAUCCUCCACUGACUUCCAGUCCGGAGCAGCUGCUGAUUUAACACAGUUGAACCCAUUUCUGCACAUUUAGGGCACACCCAUCUCUGAUUCGGACACAAUAACUGAAUGACAAUCAAGACAAGAGAGGGAACUGGGAUUUUGGUGAAGAGCAGAAAAAUUACAACAAGUCUGAGGGAACUUUGACCUCGAGGUGACAUCUUUGCAGUAAUGGAUGUUGAAGCUGAAGACUACAACUACACGUGUGAUCUGGAGUACGGGGACUAUGAGGUGCUCAGAGGUGGCCACGAGCAGUCAAACCCCAUCCACAUCGUCUCCGUGGUGAUCUACAUUCUCAUCUUUGCGCUUGGCGUGAUUGGAAACGGAACCGUUAUUUGGGUGACGGCAUUUAAAAGCAAAAAGACAGUCAACAGCGUGUGGCUGCUCAACCUAGCCAUAGCUGACCUCGUGUUUGUGCUUUUUCUGCCCUUCUACAUCGAUUACAUCCUGAGGGACUUCCACUGGGAAUUUGGCGUGGUCAUGUGUAAGCUGAACUCGUUUGUGUCUGUGAUGAACAUGUUUGCCAGCGUCCUGUUUCUCACCGUGCUCAGUGUGGACAGAUACGUCUCCCUGGUCCAUCUCAACUGGUCUCAGAGGCACCGCACGGUCGCCAGAGCCUGGUUUGUGUGCGGUUUCGUAUGGGUGGUGGCGGCCAUACUGAGCUGCCCUGCGCUGGUCUUUCGCGACAUCAUACACAUACACGACAGGGUGGUGUGCUUCAGUAACUUCCACACACAUGACGAAUACAAAGCAGCUGUGAUACACUUCGCAAUAGUGGUCAUCCGUACCACUGUGGGCUUUCUUUUGCCGUUUACCGCCAUAUGCGUGACGGGCAUACUUCUGUCCAUGAAAGUGAAACAGUCUGGGGGAUCAGUUCACGUAUCUAAUUUUUCAAAAAUGGUCACCGCAGUCAUUCUGGCCUUCUUCCUGUGCUGGGCACCCUUUCAUGUGUUCAGCUUGAUGGAGCUGACCGUACAUUCCUCAUAUUACCUCCUCAAGCUGCUGAAGGAUGGCUUUCCCCUUGCCACUAGUUUAGGCUUCUUCAACAGCUGCAUGAACCCCCUGCUGUACAUGCUCCUUGGCAAGAAGGUGCGCCACAUCCUAAAGCGUGCGUGUCUGAACGUAACCAAGAGUUCACUCCGAGAGCUCAGCCAGUCGAUCUCUGCCACAGAGGUAGAGUCCGUGGCAGGAAAUUACCAGGACAGUAUUCCAGAAGUCAGCCUGGCCUCAUCAAUUCUUUGAUAACAACAUAUCACCGACAU